AUAGCUAGGUUACGCCCCCCAAUAUUUCCACGACCGAUUGCUUAAAAUAAGCAUUUAUUUCAUUUUAUCUUCUAUUGGCUAAUCUCGGUGUCAUUUCUGUAGCAUGUACUUGCGUGGAGUAAGCGUUAUGUUUUUAGUGCAUCCAUUCUGGGACUAAUUGGCUAUUUUACUAUUUACAGGGAGGGUUGAGGUCGAAGAUGGAUGAAUGGAGAUGAGCAACGCUUACCAAACCCUUGUACUGUUAGUCUUGUUAAAUAUCAAAAAUAGUUGUCAUUGACUCAAGUCUUUUAUUUUCUCCAUACACAGUCCGUGUUUGCAGUGUGUGUAUCUAGUUAACGUUAGAUAGCUAGUAACGUUACAUAACGUCGAGUCUUUCCCCUCAGUCCCUAGCCAAAUUUACGGACCUAAAUUCUGUCAUAUUGGAGCAGGGCUGGGCAGCUAGCCUAGCCAUCAAUUGAAUCUGGAGCAGGAUACAGAGGAUAGUAUGGCCAUGACGGGAGGGACUGCAGCUGCCCUUCCCAUGAGCAACCACACCCGGGAGAGGGUGACCGUGGCCAAGCUGACACUGGAGAACUUCUACAGCACUCUGCUGACACAACACGAGGAGCGAGAGACCAGGCAGAAGAAGCUGGAGAAAGUCAUGGAUGAGGAAGGCUUGAUAGAUGAAGAGAAGGUCAUGCGACGUUCCCAACACGCCAGGAAGGAGACAGAGUUCCUGCGGCUGAAGAGGACCCGGCUGGGCCUGGACGACUUUGAGUCACUAAAGGUCAUUGGUCGAGGCGCCUUUGGAGAGGUCCGCUUGGUGCAGAAAAAAGACACCGGGCACAUAUAUGCCAUGAAGAUCUUGAGGAAAGCUGACAUGUUAGAGAAGGAGCAGGUGGCUCAUAUUCGGGCAGAGAGGGACAUCUUGGUAGAGGCGGACGGGGCCUGGGUGGUCAAGAUGUUCUACAGUUUCCAGGAUAAGAGGAACCUAUACCUCAUCAUGGAGUUUCUACCUGGAGGUGACAUGAUGACCCUGCUGAUGAAAAAGGACACCCUGUCUGAAGAGGCUACCCAGUUCUACAUAGCUGAGACAGUCCUGGCCAUCGACUCCAUCCACCAGCUGGGUUUCAUCCACAGAGACAUCAAACCUGAUAACCUGCUGCUAGACUCCAGGGGCCAUGUAAAGCUGUCUGAUUUUGGUCUGUGUACGGGACUGAAGAAGGCCCACCGUACAGAGUUCUACAGGAACCUCACGCACAACCCUCCCAGUGACUUCUCCUUCCAAAACAUGAACUCAAAGAGAAAAGCAGAGACGUGGAAGAAGAACCGGAGGCAACUGGCCUACUCCACAGUGGGAACACCAGACUACAUUGCCCCAGAGGUGUUCCUCCAGACGGGAUACAACAAGCUCUGUGACUGGUGGUCUCUGGGGGUCAUCAUGUAUGAGAUGCUGAUAGGGUACCCCCCGUUCUGUUCUGAAACACCCCAGGAGACGUAUAGGAAGGUGAUGAACUGGAAGGAGACCUUGGUCUUCCCCCCUGAGGUGCCCAUCUCAGAGCGGGCCAAGGACUUGAUUCUCAGGUACUGUAAUGACGCUGAGAACCGUGUUGGUGCUGUGAGUGUUGAGGAGAUGAAGAGUCACGCCUUCUUUGAGCCUGUGGACUGGGAACACAUCAGGGAAAGACCAGCCGCCAUCUCCAUUGAGAUCAAGAGCAUCGAUGACACAUCGAACUUUGAUGAGUUCCCAGAAUCGGACAUCCUUCAGCCAGUUUCCAACGUGACGGAGCCAGACAAAUCCAAGGACUGGGUGUUCCUGAACUACACCUACAAGAGGUUUGAGGGGCUGACUCAGCGAGGAACCAUCCCCACAUACAUGAAGGCCUGAGAUGAGGAGGCCAUGAAGGAAAUGGGAGAGACAAUGUAGACACAGGGUUGGGCGGUAAACCCCUGCUGUGCUGAAAGCACAGGAUCAAGAAUGAUGAUGAGGAGGAGGUUCUUGGCAUUAUGCUUCACCGGGGUUUUCCUGCUUGGCCACAUCCAUUGGGGCACCAACGGCAAGGGAUAUAAAUAAUACAUGUAUGUAUUUUGUCUUAGGCCUUGCUUGGGCUGUUAAAGGGGAAGUUUGUGUUUUACAACUUGAUGUUAGAUGGUUCCUCAACCUGAAAAAAACUGAACUUCCCCUUUGAAGUGACUACUACUAGGUGACUAAAUCAACGGGCGCGUUCUUCUGCCCAGGCGUUGCUGAAGUGUGCCAGAUCUUACAACACUUGGAUAGGUAUUUUACCUAUUGGGUAACCACAUGUUAUAGCAAUCUGGUGUCCGAAGGCAUAGUCGAUGACGAGGUACGCAACCAUUGGUUGAUGCAACGUCUGAGCAGGGGAACGUGACCAUCAUAUCUGCAUGUUUACACACUGAUUUGAAGGGUCUAAAACGCUGGAGAAGGACUGCCCCACACACAGGGUAUUCGUUUGAGGUUAUCCUAGUGACCUCAUGUAUGACUGCAGAAAAAUGCAUGUAGUUAAUGUUAAGUAAACGUUGUUUGCUGAACUUGUAGGUAUAAAAAGUUCUAACGUUUCAAGUCUUUUAUGGUUGCUAUGUUAGCCAAAAAGUUUCAUGCUAGUUACAAUGCAAAUAGUAAUCCUUCCGUCAUGGAACGUUCGCUGCUAACAUGGAAUAUGGUGAGCCGUCCGUACAUGUAUCUAUGGCUCUGGGAUUAAUCCAUUGUGGUGUCUAUUCAAUGCCUUGAUAAUCUGGAAUUUAAUAGCUCUAAAUUAUUUAAUGUAAUGUAGAAGCAGAUUUGUUUUUGCAAGUUAGAAGACAAGUCAUGGAUGUCAAUGAAAAUUCAAUGCUACUAAUACUUAAAGGUUGCAAUAUGAUGUCGAUGCAGAAAGUAAACAGUAUAUUGGAUCAAUUUCCGCAACAACUAAGAGCGUUGAAGCGUGAUACUCAACUUCUCUGCUUUUUUUUUGGUCGCGUGGCUACCACGCUGUAUAUGGUAUGAAGCGAACCCGUGUAGAUGCUGUGUGUGACUGCGGGAGAGCAACAUUACAUAAUUUUGCUGAGUCUAACUUUACAUUAGUUACAUUUAUGUUCAAAUUUAUUGACAAAGAUAUCAGAUGGCACCUUUUUUUUUUUU